AAUGCAUUCAAAUCAAAUCUCAUUAAUUGAAAAAAAAACCUAUUUUUCUAUUAUUCUUAUUUCGAAAUUUACUCAUUGAUAUCUCUAGCUAGCUAUAUAAGGCAAUGCACCAAAAUUAUCAAUAUGCAAGCUCUAAACAACUAUAUAGGUGGUAGUACUUGCUAGAAUUCUAAUAAUAAAGUCUCACCACAUUACAUAAUGAAGAGCACCAGUGGUUCUUUGCUUUUGAUAUCCUAUAUUUUCUUAGUCUUCCUCUAUAGGCAGGUUCAUGCCAGGAGUGAACUUCACAUAGUUUACAUGGGUGAAAAACAACACCAUGAUCCUGAGCAUGUGACCAAUAUGCACCAUGAUAUGCUUUCUUCAAUCCUUGAGAGCAAAGAAGAGGCCAAGAAAUCAAUGGUGUACAGUUAUAGACAUGGCUUUUCUGGAUUUGCAGCUAAACUUACAGAAUCUCAAGUUGAGAAGAUUGCAGGAUUACCUGGAGUGAUUAGGGUGAUACCAAACCAGUUACAUUCGGUGCAAACAACAAGGAGCUGGGAUUACCUGGGACUGUCUCCUCAGUCAUCCUCUAAGUCUAACCUAUUGCAUGACGCCAACUUGGGAGAUGGAGUUAUCAUCGGUCUUCUCGACACAGGAAUAUGGCCAGAGUCAGUGAUUUUGAACGACGAAGGCUUAGGCCCAAUCCCACAACGCUGGAAAGGAUCAUGCCAAUCUGGGGAGCGAUUCAAUGCCACACAGGACUGCAAUCGAAAACUCAUCGGAGCCAAAUACUACAUCGAUGGAUUCCUCGCCGAGAAUCGCCAACCUUUCAACACCACCCAAGCUCCAGAUUUCAAGUCUCCCAGAGACUCCUUCGGCCACGGCACCCACACAUCCACCAUAGCUGCUGGCUCCUUCGUCCCCAACGCCAGCUACAAGGGCAUCGCACUCGGCCUCCUCAGGGGCGGCGCUCCCAAAGCUCGAAUCGCCAUGUACAAGGUCUGCUGGAACGUGCCGAGAGGCCAAUGCUCGUCGGCAGAUAUCUUGAAGGCCUUCGAUGAUGCCAUACACGACGGCGUUGAUGUGCUGUCGGUGUCGCUUGGGACGGAUCUUCCUUUGUUUCCUCAAAUUGAUGAUAGGGAUGGGAUCGGACCUGGGUCGUUUCAUGCUGUCACUAAAGGGAUUACUGUCGUUUGUGCUGGUGGAAACGAAGGACCUUCUUCUCAUACCAUUGAUAAUACUUCACCUUGGAUUUUGACUGUUGCUGCUUCCACUGUUGAUAGGUCUUUUCCCACUGGCAUUGUUCUUGGCAACAACUUUACGAUACUGGGUCAAGCAAUGUUUAGAGGAAAAGAAGUUGGUUUUACUGGGUUGGUGUAUCCAGAAAACCCAGGACUUCGCCCCACUUUAUUUGGUGUAUGUGAGUCACUUACGCUUAACAACACACCAGUUGCUGGAAAUGUGGUGUUAUGUUUCACAACAAUGAACAAUCGAGCUCCAGUGUCAGCAGCAGUCACUUCAGUGAAACAAGCAGGUGGGGUUGGAGUGAUUAUCGCCAAGCAUCCUGGAGAUGUUAUCGGGCCAUGUAGCAAUGACUUUCCAUGUAUUGAAGUUGACUAUGAACUCGGAAGCCAAAUACUAUUCUAUAUUCGUUCCACCAGAUCUCCUAUUGUGAAAUUGAGCCCUUCUAAAACAUUAGCGGGGAGGCCCGUAUCAACCAAAGUUGCUCACUUCUCAUCUAGAGGGCCGAGCUCCAUUUCUCCAGCCAUUUUGAAGCCUGAUAUAGCAGCACCCGGUGUUAGUACACUAGCUGCAAGUUCUCCCUUUGAUCCUUUUAUGGAUGGAGGAUUUGCCUUGCAUUCAGGGACAUCAAUGGCAGCACCUCAUGUGUCAGGCAUUGUUGCACUUUUAAAAGCAAUACAUCCAAGUUGGUCUCCUGCUGCAAUAAAAUCAGCUCUUAUGACAACAGCUUGGAAGACUGAUCCAUUUGGAGAGCCUGUUUUUGCUGAGGGGUCACCACAAAAGCUAGCCAAUCCUUUUGAUUAUGGAGCAGGGAUUGUGAACCCGAAUAAGGCAGCCAAACCUGGUCUCGUAUACGACAUGGGCACAGAUGACUACAUAAUGUACCUCUGUGCUGUUGGCUAUAAUGAUUCUUCAAUCACUCAACUUGUUGGAAAAUCCAAAACAUGUCCAAGCCCCAAACCUUCCAUUCUUGAUGUAAAUGUUCCUUCAAUCACCAUUCCAAGUAUAAGAAACUCAGUUACUCUCACUAGAACUGUCACAAAUGUUGGUCCUGUAAAUUCAGUUUACAAAGCCCAAAUUGACUCUCCACAAGGAAUUCAUGUAGCUGUGAGACCUGAUAUUUUGGCUUUUAACUCAUCAGUUAAAGAUUUAUCUUUCACAGUUGAAGUCUCAACCUCUCACAAGGUCAACACUGGCUACUAUUUUGGGAGUUUGACUUGGACAGAUGAGACACAUUAUGUGACAAUUCCCAUAUCAGUGAGAACACAGAUCAUCCAGUUUUAUACUGAUUUUAACUGAAAAUGUAAUCCCAAGACCAAGAAUAAUGGAAAUAAAUCAUUGGAUAAUUAGAUGGCAAAGAAUAAAA